AUGGAUCUUAACGAAUUAGAAAUAUUUUCUAAUUUAAUCAUUCAAAAUGUAGAAAAAUUUUAAAUUGAUUCAAUUAAUAUUUAAGCUUGCUUUGUCAAUUUAGUUGAUAAGUAAAGCUCAUUCAUAUAGAUAAAUAACAUUAAUACUCUUGUUGUAGGAGACAUAAUUAUUGAGUAGACUUUAGUUUAAUAGCUAAAUGAAAUAAUAAAUGUUAAUAAUAUUGAUUAGAUUUCAAUUAAUUAAUUUAUAAUCAAUGCUGGUUUUUCAUUUGACUCAUAAAAUAUUCAUCAUUAAAAGUCUAUAGGAAUGAAUGAAAAACUAGGUUAAAAUUAAAAAGAUUUAAUUGAUAACAUUUUAAUUUAAAUAUCUGGAAGUAAAAUAAACAUAAAUCAAUUAACUAUGAAUACUCAAUUCAGUUCUAUUAUUUAUAUCACUUCUGA